AUGCAAGGAAGUGACUACACAGUUAGAAACGAGAAGAAUGGUUGGCAUACUUCUUAUAUGGAGACAUUUUAUGAAGGAGUGCGAUCUGAGGAUGUUCGACACAUCAUUGAUCAUGAACAACUAUCAAAAGGGAAUUCUAUGACACACAUGACUCCAGUAUAUAAGAAAAAGCUUGAAUCAACUCUGCGUUUAAGUGGUAAAAUGGAAUUACAAUCUCAAUAUCAUGCGGUAUACUUUAUCGAACUUUCAAUAUUGUUUGAUUCAUUACUUUCUUUUCUUUUUAAAGUCGCAGUAAUGUCCAUUCAGGAUUUUGGUCCGAAACUGAAGCCAUGCUUAGCAAGCGAACUGAUUGAAUCUGUCGUCCAAAAUCACGCCACAACUGAACAUUUUGAAUUUCACCGCGUUAUUAGAGGCCAUCACUUUUAUGAGCCAAAAGUUGAUAAUGAGUGA